GCUCAGGUCAUUUGGAAGCUAGCUGAUGUCACAGAUAGCAGAGCUAGCACGUCUGUGAAAUGGGGAUGCUAGGGUAGAUGGGCUUGUCAUGGCUAAGAAUCAAACAAAACCACAGGCUCUUCCCAGCAUACAUCUCAGGAAAGAGGACACUCCCUUGGAAGAGGAAAUUGGCUUAAUGACAAAAUUAGGAUGACCUGGCCUUGAUGUGGGGUUGUCCAAUCCAAAAGGGUGAGAAGAUCCUUAGGACAGCGGAAGAGAAGGUCUUCACCACUCUGAUGACAGCCAUCCCUCAAGGUGGCCACCCACUCUGAUGCACGGGCAUGGAGGUUACGACUCGGAUUUUAGUGAUGAUGAGCAAGGUGGAGAAUCCAAGAAAAAGAAGAAGACAGUUGAAGAUGAGUUGCUGCUUACAAAACCAUUUCAGAAAGAAAACCAUGGGAAGGUCCACAAGCAAGUUGCCGCGGACCUGCUGGACAGGGAAGAAGCAAGAAAUAGAAGGUUUCAUCUCAUAGCUAUGGAUGCUUAUCAAAGGCACACAAAGUUUGUAAAUGACUAUAUUUUGUACUAUGGUGGCAAAAGAGAGGACUUCAAGCGCUUAGGGGAGAAUGAUAAGACAGACCUGGAUGUUAUACGAGAAAACCAUAGAUUCCUAUGGAAUGAAGAGGAUGAAACAGAUAUGACUUGGGAGAAGAGACUUGCAAAGAAAUACUAUGAUAAGUUAUUCAAGGAAUACUGCAUAGCAGAUCUCAGUAGAUACAAAGAAAAUAAGUUUGGAUUCAGGUGGAGAAUAGAGAAAGAAGUCAUUUCAGGAAAAGGUCAGUUUUUUUGUGGAAAUAAACGCUGUGAUGAGAAAGAAGGCUUGAGGAGCUGGGAAGUUAACUUUGGGUAUAUUGAGCACGGUGAGAAGAGAAAUGCACUUGUUAAAUUAAGAUUAUGCCAAGAAUGUUCCUUUAAAUUAAAUUUUCAUCACAGGAGAAAAGAAAUCAAGUCAAAAAAAAGGAAGGCUAAAACCAAGAUUGAAUGUGACGAUUCACCACAUAAGAAAUCCAGAUCAUCUUCUUCAGAGGCCUCCAAGGGGACGGAUGAAGGACAUUCAUCCUCACACAAGCCAGAAGAUUCUAGAAGCAGAAACACUGAUGAGGAAGACAGUGCUUCAGAGUCCGAGCUCUGGAAGGGUCCCCUGCCAGAGACAGAUGGAAAGUCACAGGAAGAAGAAUUUGAUGAUUAUUUUCAGGACUUGUUUCUGUGAGCUGGGAGAGAGCAUCAUUCCAUGGUGAGGAAGUGUACCGUGAUACUCCAUGAGCUUGUCCAUGCUGUUGAGUCUGGACAGCCACCGGAACAGACUGUUUCAGACACUUCCUCCUUCACUCGUGUAGCGUCUCAGUUGCUUUUCUACAAAUCUGUUUUGUUCAAAACUCUCCAGUACAUGAUAUGCUGUUUUAAGUGACGUUAGAACACAAGUGAUUGGCAGUAAACUGUAAAUAAAUUAUUUUGUGUCUAAUUUUAAA